AUGUCGGGAAAGACAUACCUGAUCACUGGUGCCAAUCGCGGUAUCGGUCGUGGCAUGUUCGACCACUAUGUCGCCCAGCCGAAUAACACUCUCGUCGCCGCUGUACGAAACGUUGAGAGCGCUCAAGGUCUUCUAGAUGCACCAAAGGGCAAGAACACCAGGGUCAUCAUUACAAAGAUUGACUCUUCCUCAAAGACUGAUCCAUAUGAUGCUGUCAAGGACAUCCAAGCCAAGGGUAUCGAGCACAUAGACGUCGUCAUCUCCAGCGCCGGCAUCGCAAAGUUGAACACCCUCGAGGAUAUGCCUCUUGAGGAGUAUGAAGAAGUCCUAAUGGUCAACGCAAUUUCUGUCAUGCUCCUGUAUAAGGCCACUCUUCCUUUGCUCCGUGCGGCUUGUCAUCCAGCUCGAUUCACCUUCAUCAGCGCAGCAGGUGGGAGCUUGAACGACAUGCCCAAGUACCCCUACCCCAAUGCAAGUUAUGCUAGUUCCAAGGCUCUUGCCAACAGCUUGGUUGUCAAGAUGGGCAUGGAGAAUGACUGGUUGAUCACGCUUUGUAUUCACCCUGGACUGGUUCAGACAGAUUUGGGAAAUUUGGGUGCACGAGCUUUCGGCCUAGACAAGGCUCCCCUUACUCUCGAGGAUAGUAGCAGAAAUACCGCUCAUAUCAUUGACAACGCCACCAAGAAGGAUCAUUCCGAAAAGUUCUUCAACGAAACGAUUGACCGGAUUCAUCCUUGGUAG